AUGAAGGCCGUCGCAGCUCUCCUCGUCGCCCUCGUGGCCGCCGUUUCGGCCAGCCCCGUGCUCUCCGAGCGGGCGGACCAGUGCGCUGGCAUCGCCGCCGCCUGCACCCAGAAGGUGACCGACCACUCGACGCCUCAUCUCUACCUGACCCCAACCCCGAGCACAUGUCACGUCGACACGCUGUGCCCCGUCGACGUCGCUCGGUUCUGCCCCUGCUACCAUGUUGCCAAGGACUGCAUCAAGGACGCUGGGUGCCAGUAA